UCAGAUUUAUUUUGAUGUGUCAAUCAUCAGGCCUAUAUGCAGACUUUCAUUAUUGCGUGUGUGUGUGUGUGUGUGUGUGUGUGUGUGUGUGUGUCUCCUCAGUGAACAUUGUGGCCAUGUUGCAUAACUUUUGGGAGCAGAAGCAGGUGGAACAAGACAACCGGUCCGACAGCCAAUCAGAGGACUCGGUGAAGGGCUCUGCCAGCCAAUCAGAGGGCUUGAUGUUGUAUGAGUCUGCCCCUUCCCCAAGACCCCCUUACAUCUACUACGUCACUCUGCCUGGAGGAAGCUGCUUUGGAAACUAUAAGGAGUGUGAGACCCAGGCGGAAGCUCGUAGGGAUGCGGCGCGUGUUGCUCUGAUGAACUCUCUAGUGAACGAGCUGCCAUCUAGACGAAUCACUCCUCUGUUCAUCACACACAGCCUGCAGGAGGCUGCUUCAGCCAGCACCGUCUCUGUGGAGGAUGCCUGUGAUCCUAGCACCAGUUUAGGAGCCUAUUGUCUCCUGCUCCAGUCAUACACUGGCAGAACCAUGUUGGAGUUCCAGGAGGGGAUGACAGUGUUUCAGUUGUUACACUGGAACGGGACGUUGAAGAUUCUAAGGGAAAGACAGUGUUCCCGCCAGAGUGUGAUUGGUUAUUACUUGCAGCGGGGACUGGAUGCCAGCAUGCGCAGCAGCAUGGCUCUGGAUUGGCUGGGCAGGGAGCGGCAGACUCCAAGGCAGCUGAGGAUGGAGCUACGAGCAGCACAGAGGGAACUGGACGUGGCUAGGCGUCAUGGCAAUGAACUCCGCUUCUACAAGGAGAAAACAGAGAUACUUAGCCUGGCACUGAGUCAAGAAUUCACACACCAACCACACACAGAUAUACACGGACCACACACAGAUUCACAAGAAUCACCUGAACCACACAUCUACCACCAAUGAGUCGCACAUACACACACAAACUACAUGAACCACUUGAACCACACAUAAACUAUGAACCAUUAUCUAUCCAGACACAGCAUCUGAUCCACACAUGAAACCGUGAACCACCAUACAUACACCCAGCUAAGCCUUUUUACAUAGAAAGUGAAUGUUGUCCCUGGUGGUAGAGAGAUCAACUCAACCAUAAAACCUGUGGGUUGAAUUAGAUGAGAACAACAGAUACAGUGUUGAUGUACUAGUUGGAACUAGGAAAUCAUUCCAACUAGCAUGUAAACAGUGGCAAGAGAAAAUAGGUGCUUCAUCAAGAGGGACUGAGCAGGUGACUAGGUCAAAGGUCACCAUUGACACUGCCAGGCUACCUUCAACAUUACACACAGAGAGAACUGUUUACCUUAUAGCUGCUGUCAAAUUCAAGACACAGCUGAGGAAGCUGACUGCUGUGUCUUCAAUGAGUUUUAAAAGGGAAUGUGAAAUA